AUGGAACCAGAAAAGCCAAAACCUGAAAAAAAAGAUAGUAAAAAAAAAAAUAAUUCAUGACCUGUUAUUUUAGGUAGAAAAGGUAAUAACCUUUAUACUCAUGAGUUAGCCAAAGCUCAAAUUAAAAAAGGUACACCUGUAACAGUAGGGGUAUUAAAUGAAAUAUUAGCUUACUCUAAUAUGCUAGUUAGUGAAGAUACACUAAAUUCUUUAAUUACUAUGCCUAGAUUUGUUUUUACUGAUUUGGAUAAAAAAGAAACUAGACGUUUAAUUGAUGAUAAACUAGGUUUACCUCAUAGUAAAAUACAACAACGUGGUAUUUAUAUCUUUACUUGUACAGAUACAAAUGAAAAGUAUGUUGGUUCAUCCUCAGAGUUAGCUUUGAGAUUAAGAGGCUAUUUAAAUAAAACGCACAAGGAUUCUGGUAAAUUGAUUCCUCUAAUUGAAGAAAAAGGUUUACCUUGUUUUAAAUUAGAAGUAGUUUGUUUACCCUGUUACGCUGAGUUUAAACCUGAAAUAGUUUUAGAACAAUAUUUUUUAUUGGACCCUUCUUUUAAUUUAAAUACUAUAAAGGUUUCAAAUAAUCCUAGUGGAUCUACCGCAAAACCUUUAUACAUGUAUAACAGAGAUAAAUCUAUACUUUAUUACUUUACUACACAACAAAAAGAUUUUAUAUCUAAACUUAAUAUUAGCCAUUUCACAUUUACUAAACACUUAACUAAGGGUACUUAUUAUUUAGGUAAAUACUUAUUUUUGAGAGAACAAGUAGAUACAGCAAAGGUUACAAAUAUGCUUCUACCUGAUAUAGCUCUAAUGUUACAAAAAGAUAGAGUUAACUUCAAUAAAAAUAAAGCCGUGUGUAGUUCAAGUAAAUCUGUGAUAUUAAUGGAUGUUGAAAGUAAAGAAGAAACUCUUUUUGAAAGUUUGGGUAAAUGUAUGGAAUAUUUUAAAAGUAAAAAUAUACCAGCGUCUCCUAAAACAUUGGUUAAACAUUUGAAUACAAAUAUAGCUUACCGCGGAUAUAUUUGUAAAUCUUCCACCCUAAUCACCAAAAGUGAAGGAGGACAAGAUAAAGUAUAG